GCAUUCCAUCUAAUCCAUAUUUCCUGUGAGUAAAGUCCCAAGUAUAAUUGAAGCACAAGGCUUACAACUCGUCUCUGCCCCCCUUCCCCCAUCAGGCUUGAACGCAAGGCUGGAACUGAAGCGGCCAUCUCCGAUUUGCGAGGCAAGCUCUAUUCGUUACUAGGUAGAUGUUUCUUUCUCUACAAAUAAUUGUGUCAAUGUAAAAUAUUGAUCUUUGAAUUGUUGUUGCUUCAUUCUUCAAGACCUCCCGACGCAUUUGCUUGAUUUUAAGAUCCCUCACACUUAAUAGAGAUUCGUCUCACCCUCCAUCGACCGCUCUCACUCAUUCACACCAUUCACAGUCGAUGCCCCGCAACCCCACCUCUGAACAUUCCCACGAACGUCUACAAGCUGUAUCCUCACAGAUUACCCCUCAAUCAACAUCUCCUUUGCACAUAACCAAGAUGGCAGAGAGGGAUCCAAUUACAUGUCACGCUCUCGACACUACUACUGGUCGACCAGCUUCGGGAAUCAACGUCUCAUUAAUCUGCCUUUCCGAAGAGUCCACCAUCUUUCGUGCCAUAACAAAUGCCGACGGUCGGAUUGCUAAUUGGCGUAAUGAACAAGACAACGUCGCAUCCAAGAAGGUUGGCGAAUUGAUCGUUGAAGGGGGAAAAAUAAAGAACCAAAAUCUGCCAAUGGGUUCUACUAUGUGGAAACUUCGAUUUGAGACCGGCGCAUAUUAUGGCUACGAAAACACUUUCUUCCCUUGCGUUGAACUCAACUUCGUAGUUAAGGAAGGAGAACAUUUCCACGUUCCGCUACUUUUGGGGCCAUACAGUUAUACAACUUAUCGGGGAAGCUAGUUUGGGGUGUUAUGCUGUUUAUUUGCAUGAAUGAAGUUACUUCAUGUUUCUGCUGAGGGAAAGAAAUAAUUACAAAGGGAUACCAAUAUCA